AUGCCAAACCGCACUGCAGUGGUGGAAUUCAUCCUGUUGGGACUAACCAAUGACAAUCAUUUGAACAUCGUCAUAUUCCUAGUUCUAUUAGCGACCUUCCUCUUGAUCCUGAUGGGAAACAUCAUCAUUGUCACCAUCACCCUGGUGGACCAUUGCCUCCAAACGCCCAUGUAUUUCUUCCUCAGGAACUUCUCCUUCUUGGAAACAUGCUUCACCCUCGUCAUCAUCCCCCGGUUCCUCUACAGCCUCCUGACAGGGAGAAAAGCCAUUUCUCGCCCCACUUGUUUUCUUCAGUCAUUUUUCUUCUUCUUCCUGGGCUCCUCUACAUUUUUCCACCUGGCUGUAAUGUCCUUUGACCGGUACAUGGCUAUCUGCAACCCGCUACAUUACAUCACUGUCAUGAGCAACAGGGUCUGCCUCUACUUAGUGCUUGGCUGCUGGCUGGUGAGUUUCCUCCUAGUGCUUCCUACCACCGUUCUCUUUGUCCGCUUGCCGUUCUGUGGCCCCAGCAUCAUAAACCACUUCUACUGUGACACAGCCCCGUUGCUCCAACUCUCCUGCACAGACACAGGGAACAUUGAAGUAGUGACCCUGGUGAGAGCUGUACUUACGCUGCUCAGCACGCUGACGGUCACCAUCAUCUCCUAUGGCUGUAUCAUCUCCACGGUCAUGCGCAUCCCAUCCUCCGCGGGUAGGAAAAAGGCCUUUUCCACCUGCUCUGCCCACCUCAUGGUUGUGGUGAUAUUGUACAGUAGCUCCAUUUUCAGGUACAUCCGACCAAGUCAGCGCGGCGGGUGGGACUUUGACAAUGUUGUGUCCUUUCUUUACACAGUGGUCACCCAGCUCUUUAAUCCCUACAUCUAUGCUCUCAGGAACAAACAAGUCAAACGGGCCCUGAAGGAUGCUUGUGACAGGGUGUGUUUUAAGCAUCCAAAUCGGGCCUGA